UUUCACUUGUCAUUCUUAUGUUAGAAUAUAUAUUUAAUAGCCCUUGACAAACUCAUUUUCUUGUCUUGUUUAGCCUGUGAUCCUUUGAUCUCAGUAAUAUAUGUAUAUGUCUGUAUCAAUAGAACAAUUUGUUUCUGGAAACUACAAAGACAAUAAUCCAAUAUAAAACCACAUAGCCUUUACCUACCAUUGCACCAUAUCAAGAAAAAAUAUGGGAGUCUCUUCUCUGGUUCAAUAUCAAGUGAUCAACAAAGCAGAAACAUCAACAGGUGGCGUCCGAUUCGCAGGGGAAAUCGGAGUUGAACUCAGCAAUAAAACAUUAACAGAAGCCACAGGAUUCAUAUGGAAGCUGUUGGAUUUAAACAUCUUGAGAAAUAGAAAAUGUGCUGCAAGAAUCAGCUUGAUCAUUGAAGAUAUAGAUGGGGUUGCAUACACAGAAGAUAAUGAGAUGCAUAUUAGUACAAGAUAUAUAGAAAAUUGUUCAAGGGAAUGUUUGAGAAGUGAAGUUACUGGAAUCCUCUAUCAUGAAACGACACAUAUAUGGCAAUGGAACGGAAAUGGGCAAACUCCAGGAGGACUAAUUGAAGGAAUUGCUGAUUUUGUAAGGUUAAAGGCUAACUAUGCGCCUAGUCACUGGGUUCAGCCAGGACAAGGUGAUAGGUGGGAUCAAGGGUACGAUGUUACAGCAAGAUUUUUGGAUUACUGUAAUGAUCUUAGAAAUGGGUUUGUAGCUGAGCUGAACAAGAAGAUGAUAGAUGAUUAUAGUGAUGAGUUCUUCAUUGAAUUGCUAGGGAAGUCUGUUGAUCAGCUUUGGAGUGAUUACAAGGCCAAAUAUGCAAAAUAAAAUAGUGGGUCUGGACUUGAAAAAGAAUAUAUAGCUAAUUAAACAUUGUAUCUCUAUUAGCAUAAUUUUGAGUUAAUGUUAAUGUAUCAAUUGAAUACAAAUUGCAAUUAAGAAUUGUUGUCAUUCCUGAAUAAAUGCGAGUAAUUUUGAGAAUUAGUAUGAAUAAGGUAUUGGAGUAUUGAGAUGAUGAUCUAAGAAGGAAGUUGGUAGCUCAGGUUAAUAUGAAAAUGAUGAGUGGUUACGGUGAGAUAUACUUUUAUUAAUGUUGAUCAGCUUUGGAGCCAGUAGAAGGCCAGGCAUGCUU